AUGGUAAAACCUGCAGUUAUAAAUCUAGCUGAGUAUGCUAGUCGGGCGCAAAAGACUAUCAAACCUGUAACUUUAACUUACAGAAAUAUGCUAAAAGAUCCUUCUACUAAAUAUAAACCAUUCAAAGCUCCCAUCCUUAAAAAUAGGAAAUGGCCAGAUAAUAGAAUAACUAAGGCUCCACGCUGGCUUUCUACCGAUCUUAGGGAUGGUAACCAAUCUCUACCUGAUCCAAUGUCUGUAGAACAGAAGAAGGAAUAUUUCCAUAAAUUAGUAGAAAUGGGAUUUAAAGAAAUUGAAGUUGCUUUCCCAUCUGCAUCACAAACUGAUUUCGAUUUUACAAGAUACGCUGUUGAAAAUGCUCCUGAUGAUGUCACUAUACAAGCAUUAGUCCAAUCUCGUGAACAUCUUGUCAAGAGAACCAUUGAAGCUUUAACUGGUGCAAAGAGGGCCACUGUACAUACAUAUUUGGCUACCAGUGAUAUGUUCCGAGAAAUUGUCUUCAAUAUGUCUCAAGAGGAAGCAAUUGCUAAAGCUGUUGAAACUACUAAAUUAGUUAGAAAGUUGACGAAAGAUGAUCCAACUCAACAAGCUACCCAUUGGACGUACGAAUUUUCUCCAGAAUGUUUUACUGAUACUUCACCAGAGUUUGCAGUCCAGAUCUGUGAAGCAGUUAAGGCCGUUUGGGAACCAACGGAAGAUAAUCCAAUCAUUUUCAAUCUACCAGCUACUGUUGAAAUAGCUACUCCAAAUAUUUACGCUGAUCAAAUCGAAUAUUUCGCUACUCACAUCUCUGAACGUAAUAAAGUUUGCAUUUCAACUCAUUGCCACAAUGAUCGUGGAUGUGGUGUUGCUGCUACCGAACUUGCUUUAUUAGCAGGUGCUGAUCGUGUCGAAGGUUGUCUUUUUGGUAAUGGUGAACGUACAGGUAACGUUGACUUAGUUACUGUAGCAUUAAACAUGUACGUUCAAGGUGUCUCUCCAAAUUUGGAUCUUUCCGAUAUUACAUCAGUUGUUGAAGUUGUGGAACGUUGCAACAAGAUUCCUAUUUCAGAAAGAGCUCCAUAUGGUGGUGAUCUAGUUGUUUGUGCAUUCUCAGGAUCUCAUCAAGAUGCUAUUAAGAAAGGUUUCGCUCUACAAGAAAAGAAGAAGAAACAAGGUGAACAUCUAUGGAGAAUUCCAUAUCUUCCAUUGGAUCCAAAGGAUAUUGGUCGUGAUUAUGAAGCUGUUAUUAGAGUCAACUCACAAUCUGGUAAGGGUGGUGCCGCUUGGGUUAUCUUGAGAUCUCUAGGUCUAGAUCUUCCAAGAAGCAUGCAGAUCGAGUUCUCCACCUGCGUCCAAAAUAGUGCUGACGCUCUAGGAAGAGAAUUGAAGGCCGACGAAAUCACUAAUUUGUUGAAGGAUACUUACAACUACAAUAAUGAACGCCAUAGAUACUUAACUUUAGUGGAUUAUAAUGUCGAAAAAGUUGAUGGUGACCGUAGAGUUUUAACUGGUCAAGUUGAAUUCAACAACACUAUUGUCAACAUUCAGGGUUCUGGUAAUGGUCCUAUUUCCUCUUUGGUCGACGCUCUAUCCAACUUGUUAGACGUCAAUUUGAAUGUUGAAAACUAUACUGAACACGCUGUCGGUUCCGGUUCCAACACUAAGGCCGCUUCUUACGUUCAACUACGUUACAGACGUGACUCCGACAAUGAACAAGCUGCCCAAUGGGGUAUUGGUCUUUCUGAGGAUGUUGGUGAUUCUUCGGUACAAGCCAUUUUCUCUACCGUGAACAAUAUUAUCCAUAAAAACGAAAUCGCUCUACCAGAUGCCAACUCUAAAAAGAACGAAGCCUCCUCCGCUUAA